ACUUUUAAAAUGUAUUUUUUCAUGAUUAUAAUUCUUGUCCUGAGCAUGUUAAUGGGGUUCAGCGCCGGAUACAAAGUUUACAGUUUUCAUCAUCUUAACUCCACUAGAACUAAGAGAAAUACUCAGCAGCCGCAGGAGGCAAGCUUAACAGAAACAUUAAGUAGUAAUGUAACCCGGAUCCUGGAAGGAUUACUGAAGGAUUAUGAUAAAACUGAGAGGCCAGAUUACGUUUCAGGGAAUCCAACAGAAGUAAAAGUUAAUAUGUUGAUAAGAAGUAUGGGGCCUAUUUCUGAAGCAGAUAUGUUUUACUCCAUGGACUGCUAUUUCCGACAGUAUUGGACAGAUACUAGGUUGAGUUUUAAAGGUUUACAGAGUAACUCCAAUAAUCUAGAGAUAAACCAACUAAGUUUGAACGUGAAAAUGUUGGAAAAGAUCUGGAAACCUGAUACUUACUUUCUAAACGGUCUCAACUCAUACCUUCAUACUAUUACUAGGCCAAACAAGCUUCUGAGAAUCUCCGAGCACGGAUUUAUUACAUAUUCAAUGAGAUUAACCAUAAAAGCCAAAUGUCCAAUGAUGCUUUCAAGUUUUCCGAUGGAUUGGCAAUCCUGUCCUUUAAUCCUGGGAUCAUUUGCCUACCCAGUGAAUGAGGUACAAUACAAAUGGCAAGAUCCAAGUGCCGGAGUUGGAUACGAAGGAGAACUACAUCUUUCACAGUUUGAUAUCAAGGAAACUGAGUAUAGAAAUGUGAACUAUACCAGGAAAGGAUCAGGAACCUAUUCUGUUCUACAAGUUGUUUUCCUGCUUCAACGACACACGGGUUACUUUCUAAUCCAGGUUUAUGUUCCUUGUACACUGAUUGUUAUACUGAGCUGGGUUGGAUUCUGGUUGAAUAGAGAAGCUACCUCUGACCGUGUAGGACUAGGUAUAACGGCUGUCCUAACUCUAUCAACGAUAGCUCUAGACAGUAGAACAGAUCUACCAAAGGUCCACUAUGCUACUGCUCUGGACUGGUUUAUUAUCUGUAGUUUUGGAUACUGUAUGGCAACACUAUUGGAGUUUGCAGGGGUUCACUAUUUUACAAAGAUUGGAAGUGGUGAGGUUUUCUCCCUUCACGACAGGAUGCUGGAGGACCAGGAGGAGGAGGAGGCGGAGGCCGAGGAGAGGGAGAGAGAGCGGGAGGAGGAGAGGGAUGAGAAGAUGAUUAAUGUUAACAAGAUGGAGCAGGAGCAGGAGAUUUCUCUGAUAGAACCAACGAUGGAUUCUUUUAACCGAGUCUACGGUCUUUUUACUAAUAAUAUGGAAUAUGAAGAGGAUAUUAACCAAACGAGCAGGUUUUGUCACGUACAUAAUGUUAGUGUGUACAACCAGAUGCAACACAUUGGAUCCAAUGGUCGGAAACCAGGAACCGGAAGUGAUUAUUCUCAAUCCUCGUUCUCCAUGUUGGAUUCAGGUAGCUUGAGAUCGUACAAAAGACCUGUAUCGACACAAACUGAGCCUAAACCUAGCUUCCUGGCUCAACUUUGGCUUUGUAUUUUAUCAAACCAGGAGUUCAGGAAAAAAAGAGAGAAGGAAGCAAGGAAAAGAGGAGCAUCAGUAAACUCAGUUUCAAGAAUUGACAUCGUAUCAAGGGCUCUCUUCCCAUUCAGUUUUCUCUGUUUUAAUAUUCUCUACUGGAUCAGCUACUUCCAGGGACAAAUACAUUUUGAUUGGAAGCAUCAUGAUCUAUAAGGAAACCAUGGAUUAAAAAGUGUUGCAAACUGUGGAUUAUGAAAAGAAAUUUUGAUUCAUCAGUUUAUAUUUCUUCAAGUGUCAUUAAAGAAAAAUCUGUUAAAUAUAAAAAUUGUAACUUGUUAAAAAUAACAAGAUUGUAAAAUUAAUUUACAAUUUCUGAUCUAUUAAAAAUGUAUCUAAGUAACGUGAUGUUAUAAAAUAAUUCUGUAUAAUUCAUCAAUUGUUUAAACUUGGAAUAUUAACUUCCCCAAACAAGAAAUGUAAAAUGAAUAUUUCUCUAUUUUGUUUCGAAAGAAAUGGAGUAUUUGCCACAAACUCUGAUUUUCUAAUCCUAAUAUUUUUUUAACCCAAUGUGGUAGACCUAAGAUAUUUCAAACUAUUAAUUCUUUAAGAUUAAAUAAUCUAAGUUUGAAAUAUCAGAGCUUUUGUCAGGUUUAGAAGACAAAGAAAUUCGAAAAUUUGAGUUUGGGGCAAAGACUCAAUUUCUUCAUGGUUUUAUGUACCUAAUAUAUUUUAAUAUAGAU